UUAACAUAUGUUUCGCAAAGGAAAUCAUGACAAGCGUUUUGACAGUCGAGGAAAUUGAGGCCGUGAAAUUUUUUGCAUCCGACACAAAACAUUAAUUGGUAAUUUGCUUAAAAGGGCUAAUCAAAUUGCCUAAAUUCUCUGUAGUUCCUUUCGAUGGAGAAUAUUAAGAACGUUAUCUCUUCUCAGUAAAAAUACUUGGAUUUUUAAAAAUCAGUAUUAAAUUUAAUAAAUCUGUAUUUGACAUCGGGUUUAUUAUCAUACUAACUAUGGCAAAUGUCGAAAAUCCUUUUGCUGCUCUGCUGAGUGAAUCAAAAUCCGGUAUAGACAAAAAGUUAAUCGAAGAAGUCUUGUUAUUUACAUUGAAGAAAAAUCAAUCAAGACCGUCUAAAAACGCUGUUUUAUGCAUAGCGGAUAUAAUUGUUACGGAUACUGGCACAAGCAGUGAAUUAGGUGAAGAACUCGUGGCCCAUGCUUUGUUCGAACGUUUAAUGUUGUCUGAAACUACGAAAUACCUAAUUGGUGGAGAGCAUGAGGAAGACGCACUUCAAGUCGACACCCUUGUUUAUUUACUUCGAGCUUAUAUAGUAUGCGAAAACGUCAGAUUAUCCCAGCCACAUCGAUUGAAUGAUUGUGAGAAGUUACGUUCGCUAAUUAUAAUAAAUAGUACUACCUGUAUGCGCCAGCCCGACUUGUUUCCAGGACGACCGGUGUGGGAACAAUGGAGGCAAAUUAUUCUAAAAUCAGAGGAUGUGUAUUCUACGGAAACGAUGAAUUAUCUGGCAGAGUGUGUUCAAAAAAUAUAUAGCGAAGAUGACCCACUAGAAGCACUAGGUGCCCUAAAGGCAAACUUUUAUCCAUUGUUGGGGAAAAUACAAGCGCACAUAAGCCAAUCUAAUUUAAUUACAAUAAAGAAGAAUAUCUUCUGGAUGUUGAGUUUUUUUGUACGCGACAAACGUCUUCCACAAAUGGGGGAGGUCUUGAUAGAUUUCACCAUGCCGAAUCCGAAUACCAAUGGCGGAGCUUAUAUGGACACGUUAUUUGGGCAUUUGUUUUCGUUAUCGAUACUGCCAAAAAAUCAGAACGGACCCUAUGAGUUCUUUACAGAACUUAACUUGGAAUCUAAAAGUACCGAUCCCGUUUUAUGGCAAUGUAUGUCAACACAUCAAAAUUCCGUGUUCGCUCUGAUAAGACAGUUACUAGUCCAAAGUCAUAUUACCAAACAAAAAACACUAAAAUGGAUUGCCAAAUGUCUCUAUGCAAACGUUGCUCGUGGACAUUUGUGGAACAACCUGAAUUCUGGUCUAGAAAACUUUUUGCAUCAAAACGCUAGCGAUGCUUUUAUGAUCGGAUUGACCUCUGUACUACUACGCUUGUGUGCUCCUUUAUGUGAACCCACCAUGAAGGUGCUUCUGGUUGAUCCUACCUAUUGCGGGGUACCUGAUGAUGAACGAGAAAUCAAGCAAGUCAACAUGAUAAAAUCGUUUGAAGAGACGACUUUAUUGCCUGCGGAAGAAAAUGCCAAACGUGUAACAGCAGAUAAAUUUAACUUUGUAACAGAUCUCUUUUUUUUAACACAUAAAGCAUACGAACUCAGUUACAGGACAAGUAUUGAUCGUUAUUCGAGAAUGUAUCGCGAAUUGCACAACCUACAAACGUCAUAUCAGGACGUGGCCAGCACAGAUCCAGACAGUGAUAUGGCUAAAAAUUUGCUUCGUAUGUUAAAACAGCAACUGCAACAGUAUCUAUGCGUGCGUAAUUGUCUUAUGGAGCCGGAAAACGAUAGUGCAAUAUUGAAAUUUUUCGAAGCAUCUGCUAUUUGGUUAACUGAAGUGGCACUCAUUUCGCCUAAAGAACUGGAAACUAAAUGCAAAGAUAUGCUUGACUUUUCACCAGGCAAAAGGCAGAACAAAAGAUUACCGGAGAAAAUUGACUUUGUCCCACAUAUGUUACAAUGCAUACCGGAAAACAUUAUUGAUAAUAUUGUCUCAUAUUUAAAUUUUAGUCGUCAUUUUCCGCCUGGGCAAUUUAUCCAAAUGUAUCCCUCUUCGCAUGAUGCUUUCUUUAAAAUGAUUGUUCUGUUUAUGGGCAGUUCUGCAUUUGUCAAAAAUCCCCAUCUGCGCGCAAAACUAGCUGAGGCAUUGGAAUUUUUCUUAAUGAAAAGGUCCAGUGGCGAUACAUUCCUCUCGCAUGUGUUUGAUAACCAUCCUGAUCGUUCGAAAGUAGUAUCAAGUUUGCUAAAUGUUUUUGUUUCAAUCGAAAUGACUGGACAAUCGGUGCAGUUUGAACAAAAGUUUAAUUACAGACGGCCUAUGUAUGCUAUAAUGGAGUACUUGUGGGCCAAAGAAGAGUAUGUUCGAAAUUUUCGCGAAUUAGCUGCUGAAGCUGAGGCAAAUAUGGAAGCAACAGAGCCACCACUAUUUUUACGAUUCAUUAAUUUGCUUAUAAAUGACGCUAUAUUUCUGCUUGACGAGUCACUUAAUAAUCUACAACAAAUCCGACAAUUGCAAGAAGCUCAAAGUAAUGGAGAAUGGAGCGAUUUACCACAAAAUGAACGCCAGCAGCACCUAUCUAAUCUGCAUCAUUUGGGCAUGUUGGCUCGUUUUGAUAAUAUUCUUGGCAGGGAUACCAUUAAUAUCCUUAAAUUAAUAACAACUGAAAUCAAGAGCAUUUUUUGCCACAACAGCAUGGUAGACCGCAUAACAGCCAUGCUUAAUUAUUUCCUUCUAAGUUUGGUUGGGCCCCAAAAGGAGAAAUUCAAAGUGAAAGACAAGAAAGAAUUUGAAUUCGAUCCAGCCACAACCGUUUUAGAAAUAUGCCACAUUUAUAUUAAUCUUAGCAGUAGUGAUAUUUUCUGCUUAGCAGUAUCACAGGAUGGCCGAUCCUACAGCUCACAACUAUUCGAAUAUGCCGAGAAUAUACUAAUAAGAAUCGGUGGCGGCCAACUAAUCGGAGAAAUGGCCGAAUUUUCUGAAAAAGUACAACGUAUGGAGAGGCAGUAUAAACAAGAGCAAGAAUUUAUUGCCGAUGCCCCCGAUGAAUAUCUGGAUCCAAUCAUGUCCACACUUAUGACGGAUCCUGUUAUACUGCCUAGUUCAAAAGUAACAGUAGAUAGAUCAACCAUUGCACGACAUCUUUUAAGUGACCAAACUGAUCCAUUUAAUCGAGAACCUCUCACUAUGGAUAAAAUUAUUCCAAAUGUAGACUUGAAAAAAGAAAUAGAGAAAUGGUUAGCCGAUAAACAUGCGAAUGUUGCUCCUGUUGUUCAUGAGCAUAAUAGUUGAAUUAUUCUUUAUUUUCUUUGAUUUAUUUGAUUUAACCAAAGGCAUUUGUUGUUCUCUAUUACUGACUACAUGGGGUUUUGUUUCAUUUUCGGGGAUUUGCAAUUAUUGUUGUUGAAUAUUUUACACAUUCUAUAAGUAAGAAUAUAUAAGCCAUCCAAAUAGAUUAAAUUAUUCAAAAUGA